AGGUUUAUUGUUUAAGGAUCUUUCGCUCGUGAUUGAAGCAUUUAUGUUCAUUUAAAAAAAAAUGAAUUUUAGGUUUUUAUUCGUGCUCGUUACCGUUGCUGUCUCGUUAUCAAAACAAGAUGAACAAGAGAAAAUGUUCAUCCCGUCCUUGGAAAUCGAUCCUCAAUCUGCACGAAUCCUGUUGAACAGCAACGACUUCGAGAGUGGUUCAGCUGAUCCAUGGUACGACAGUUCACCAUCGACUGUUCAUUGGGUUGUCGAAGAUUUUACAAUGCCGUCAGAAGUCAACUACCCACCUCCUAUCCCGUCAUCUGGCACUAAAUACCUACGGGCAACCCGUGACGCUCAACUUUCUCCUGGUUUUGUUAUUUUGCGUACAGUCGAAUUCAUGGCCUUACCAGGCGACCGAAUUACUUUCAAAUUCUGGAUUCGAUCAAAAUAUACCUUUGGCAAUACCUUAGAGCUCAUUCUGGCCAUUGGCGACACUGAAACAACUUUGCUGACAUUGUCGAGCUAUUCCACUUCCGUAAAUUUGGAAUGGCGGCAGGCGUCUACCCUCAUCCCAGUCCCGGAGCCAACUGUUUUAACGUUGGCAUUUUACGCAAGUUGUGGGGGGAAUGCAGAAGAUGCAAUCGCCAUUGAUGACAUUGUUCUAGAACCCAGUGACGAAAUUACAACCACUGGAUUAACAACCGUUACAUCGACGACGACGGUUAAACCAAAAGAUUGUGCCCCUUAUUUCCAAGGAAACACGAAAGUGCCUUGUUGGGCAUUAGGAAACAAAUGUUAUUGUUUCACAAAUAGUAACAGCGAUAAUUGGGAGCAAGCGGAUGCAUUCUGCAGAACAGGAAACAUGACUUUGCUAAGUGUUGAAACUGAAGAAGAGGAAAAACUGAUUUACAAUCACUGGCAAGUCCAUCCAGAACUAAAAAGCGAGAAGUAUUGGACUUCCGGGAAAUUUCCUCAAAAAGGUUAUAAUCGUACCUAUGAAUGGGCCACCAUAGAGCCUUUCCAACGCUUUACUUACACCAACUGGCAAUCGGGUAAACCCGGUCACAGUGAUUUUGGAUACUGCGUUUAUUUUUUUAUGGACUUCGACUUUGAGAGUGGAUUUUAUUGGGUUGAUUACUUGUGCAACAGCUUCUACUUGGAAUACAUUUGUGAAUCUGUUUAAUGUCAAGGAGAAAGUCCAGCUGUUAGCAUUACACUAUGAACAUGCUAUGAAAUUCAUUGUUACUUUAAAAAAUAAAUGGUGUUGGCUGAAUCAAA